UCUGCCGACAGCGCGCUCUGCCACGUGGAACGCUAACUAGUGGUGAUGUCAUCACAAGCCCUCUGGUCGCAUAAGUCACUUGCGUCGAGCAUCGAAAACAUGACCUCAGACGUAUCCACUGUCAUUGAAGAUAACGUGGUGAAAACUCGUGUGACCAACGCCGUCGUUCCAGACGUCGACUUCGUUACCUUCUUCAGUGAUGUCUGGCAAAAACAUGCAGAUCACAAGGCGCUGGCCGAUGUCAGGUUGGACAUGCGGUACACUUUCGGUGAGCUGUUGGACACCUGCCGCCGGGUGGCUGCCGGCCUGCAGAAGUGCGGACUGCGCAAGGGUGACGUGGUUGCAUUCCACUGCGUCAACAGCUGCGAGCUAAUUGUCGCCAUGUGCGGGACAUAUUUUGCUGGUGGCAUCACUUCUUUGAUCAAGUCAAGUCUCAACGAAGGAGAAGCUCGUUACCAGUUAAUGGAAUGCCAACCGAAGUUUGUUUUCUUUGACAUUGAAAACAUGAAGAAAAUUAUGAAUGCUUGCGAAGGCAUUGCUUCGGUGAAGGUAAAUUGCCAAAAACACCCACUAAGAUAUUAUGCAAAGAACAAGCCACUGAAAUAUGGCGCUUGUUAUCGGGGCUAUUCACACACAAAUAGACAAAGAAUAGGAUCCCCCCCCCCCCCACACACACACAAAAAAAAAAUUCAGGGCGAAACAUUCAUAUGGUGGCGGAUUAGCCAGGAAGCUGUCCAUCGCAGACCGAAAAACUAUGGCCAAACACCGGGUCCAGAAACAUUCUCUUGAAUUUGAAAUUCGCCCCAGGGAAACUCUAAAUGUGGUAACUACCGCUUCUGCCGCUUGAACGCAGACUUGAACGACCUAGCUUGAACUUCACGAGCGGCUUCCAGUGCGCGAUCUUCAUCGGUAGCUUGCGCUCGACGCCGACAAUUAGACUCUCGCUUCUGCUCUCGCUUAGCUUCUUCGGAAGCAAGGUCAUUGGCCGUAUUCUCCACUUUCGCACGGGCACGUUGUCAUUAGUUAUAGUCGCGUCUCUGCUGUCAACGCCUCUCCUCGUACUCUGCCUGUUCUCCGGCCGUUGUAAGUGUUGUAGGACGAUCUCACCGCUGGCAUCCAGUUGUAAGGUUUGUAGUCGGGCAUGAACUAUGUGGUUGCUGGCCCAUGCCGUCGCCCAGCUCACCCACGUUUGGGACGUGGUUG